AUGUUUCAAAGUGUGUAUGGAGUAACUCGAGGUAAAAUUGAUUUAAUUGUACAGAAAAAAAAAUGUAGCGAUUCAGGUUCAUUACAACUACUUGAUAAUCGUGGUCAUCAUGAACCACAUAAUAAAAUGCCAAAAGAAAAAGAAGACAUGAGAAAUCACAUUGAAAAAUAUCCAAAAUACCUAAGCCACUAUUCUCGUAGGCACUCAAAUAAAUUCUAUCUUCAAUGUCAUUUAAAUAUUAAAAAGUUGUAUGAAGAAUAUAAAAUAGAGAAAAAUGGUAACAAAUGUGGAUCAUACGACAUGUUUAAAGAGGUGUUUAAUAAAACUGGUUAUAAAUUUAAAAAACCAAAACUAGACACAUGUAAGACAUGUGAUACUUUUGUAUUACAAAUUAAACAAUGCAAGGUAAAAGAGCAACAGAUAUUACUCCAGAAACAACAUGAAGCACAUAAGGAACUUGCAGAUUUAGGUUACAUGCAAAAAAAAGAAGAUACAAUCAAUGCUUUAGCUUCUAACAAUACUAGAGUUUUAGUAUUUGAUUUAGAACAAGUUCUAGAUACUCCGGCUCUAUCUACAAAUGUUUCAUUCUACAAAAGGCUUUUGUCAACAUUUAAUUUGACCAUUAGAGAUUGUGGGGAAAAUGAAGGUACUGAAUGUUAUAUGUGGCACGAGGCAAUCGGCGGAAGAGGAUCAAACGAUAUAGCACUUACUCUGACACAUGUGGAGGACAAAACCGAAAUAUUAAUAUGUCUGCUAUGUUAA